AUGGCUAGCAUCGAGAUAUUGAUCGACGAUAACGUGAUGACUACCUGUGCGGUGGAGUUGACUAAAAAUGCGCUCAAAUACAACUACAGAGACAAAUUGAAGGAUAAAUCGUCGUUGGUUUACAUCGUCGAUAUCAUUGGCUGUACUGUGGACGACACGGGCGACGAGUCGACACCAAAAGUAUUUGUAAAUAUAAUCGCUUAUCGUAUCCGGCGAUCAAAGCGAAAGAAAAAGUCAAUUAAAUUAGUAUUUUGUAAGCACUCGACCCGUGAGGCCAACAUAGAGGAGGCCAUCGACUGGAAGCACACGAUUCUGAGCCUAAACUACGGAAACGUAUACAACAAUAACAUCAGUAUUAAGAGUAAACCGCUUUUGUUUAUCGUGAACCCCAAGAGCGGAAAGGGUCGGGCGCUCAAGAUUUUUGAGCAUUACGUCAAACCGUUGCUUAAGGAAAGCGAUACUCACUUCGAGACACAUAUCACGGAUCGGGCCAAUCAUGCCAUGGAACUCAUGCGAGAUAUGGACGACAUCGCCAGAUAUCGGGCUAUAGUUGUGGUGUCGGGCGAUGGGCUCCUGUAUGAAGUGGUCAAUGGACUCACCAAACGGAGUGAUACGUUGAGCGAUGGCAAAAUUCCGGUGACAUUAGGCAUAAUACCGGGCGGUUCUGGCAAUGGUUUGGCUCAUGCCGUCAAUCAGGCGUUUCUCAAUCGCGUCAAAUCUGUUGACCCCAUAUACGACUGCACACUACAUGUCACUCAAGGCAGACCAGUGCCCAUGGAUUUGGUACGGGUCACCACAUCUCUCAAUACUUACUACUCAUUCCUGUCGGUUGGAUGGGGUCUUAUGGCGGACAUUGACAUAGAGUCCGAGCGCUUGCGUAUGAUAGGAGAGCCGCGAUUCACCAUUUGGGCCGUCUAUAGGUCUCUGAUGUUACGCAAACACAGAGCAAAACUCAGUUACCUUCCGGCGGACAGCCCGUCGUCUACAGUUCCGGCACUCGACACACCCGUCCCCUCCGAUUGGGUAACAAUCGACGACCUGUUCGUUCAGAUCUACUCCUCAUUCCAGUCGCACAUCUCUGCGACGGCUAUCUUCGCGCCAAACGCCACGUUAGACGACGGCCUCAUUUGGCUGCUCUUCAUUCGGGGCAACGUUUCCCGCAAACAAGUCAUUCAAUUCCUGUUGGCUCUCGAGAAGGGCAAACACCCGGCCCUCCCGUACAUCAGCUUUUUGCCCGUCAAGGCCUUCCGCAUCGAACCGUACGCCGACGUCGGGAAGGUUACGGUGGACGGGGAGCUCAUAGAGUCGGGUCCAGUCCAGGCAGAGGUCGUUCCCAGAAUGGCCUCUAUAUUAACGCGAUAG